GUACUCUUUCGCAUAAACUCUGUCUGGGUAACGCACACAGUACAUUCCUUUCGCAGUCGCGGGUAUAAGAGCAUGAUUGCCCUCACGAUCAUCGUCGUCAUUCUCACGCAUUCGCAGCUAUGGGAUCCGGUCAACGCAUGCAUCAAAUAUGGAUGCACAGAGGAUGAGAUAAACUUCCUGGAAAAACGCAUAGAGUACGAGGAUCGCUUGCUCACCUGCAGCUUCUUUCGAAAACCUGGGAGGGAUUGUCCGUGCUGGGACACUGAGACAAGAGGGUCACAAUGCUGGGACAUGACUGAUGCUCGAGACGGCAGGUGCUUCAAUGGGCGAUGUUACGACAGGCGAACGUACGAGUCUAUGGAAAGAAGCCAAAGGGUGAACAAGGCAGUACGAUGUCCAGCAGCACACGAUUACCUGUUUAACGAAAGGGGGGCUUUCGGCUGUCAGUAUUAUUGCCAGAGGAAGCCUCACGUGAUCGUCGAUCGUCCUGAUGGUCAUCAGUGCCUGGACCCCAGAACGGCACGUGCUGGCGGAUGCUAUGGAGGUUAUUGUCAUAAGAACUAUCGCAAUGAUGUCUGAAGAUACCAAGAGAGACAUCGAGAAAUAUCUGGUUGUUUUGGUUGUCAAUGCCUCUGUUGGAUCGAUAAAACCUAUUUGCAUGUU